AUGCUCAAGCGGCCAUUGCUUGCAAAAUUUUAUGGGCGAAAUUUGUUGUUGGGAGGAUCAUCGGAAGGAGCAAGGGUGCUUCAUCAUUUUAAACUAUUAUCAUUAAUUAAUAAUAAUAGUUUUAGACAUUUUUCAAUCGGAUCAAGAAAUUUACAGCAAGAAAAUUCAUCAUCACAAAAACCAUCCAUUGAAAAAACGUUGGAACAAGACUUUCCUUCUUUGAAAAAAUCCAGCAGCAAUGCAGCCUCUACUCAAGCUGGAAAGCCGAAAACUGUUUCUUCAUUUUUCAAAUCGCCAUUCAUUAAAACACAAGAUGAGAGGAAUCAAUAUCUAGGGACGUUCCGUGAAAUUAUUUCGGUGAGCUUGAAAGAAAUUCCGAAUUCUGUGGUUGCUAUUGCCACAAUUUUAUUUCUCCCUCUAGCGUUCGGCACAACCUCUUUCUAUUUCUCCUCUCUCCCUGCCUCCGUACUGCUCGAAUAUCAGCUUAAUUAUGCAAGCAUGCUGCUGAUUUUAUUUGGAUCUACCCAUUUAGGACUUGAAUUUGCAAAUUUUGUCAACAAAGAGAAAUUUAGAUCAUUUUUGGAGGCACAAAAAUCUGUAUCUCCGUUUACUCCAUCAAAACAGCAAGAGAACACUGUGCCUGUUGAUGUUGAAAAAGAAUUAGAGGCAAGAAAGACGUCACACAGCGUUGUUAGAGGAGUACUGUGUUCUCUUCCUCCAAUGGUUGGAUUUUUAUGCUUAUCGCUUCCUGUUCUUCAGUCAACCCUGCUUCUCUCUUUAACAUUUAUCGUUCUGUCCUAUUAUGAUGCCUAUUUAACUGCACGUGGGCUAGCUCCUCAAUGGUUUACCUCAUUGAAAAUUCCAUUCACAAUCAUCAUUGUAGCAACACUCAUCGUUUCCUUUUUCUUUUAUAUUGUUUAUGGAGCUAUGCAACAAUUUGAAAAGAGUACAGAGCAGGAAUUGGCCCAGUUCGAGAAAAAAUCAAGAGCACGGUCAAGAGAAGGAAUUGAUUUUCUUGCUGUUGCCGAAGCAAAGAAAAACAGAUUGAAAACAUUGUCCACACAAAGCCCAGACAAGCCUGAAUCUGAAUAA